AUGAAGCGUGGUCACCAUGAAGUUGACAACAUUCUUCCCGAGAUGGAACAAGAUAAUAAGAAAAGUAAAUUGACUAUUCCAGUUAGUACCGUGCGCAAGAUGAACCAUACAGAGGUGGUUGAAAUGAUGAGAAAUGUUGGUCUUGAUGAGAAUACUAUUAAAUGUUUGGACCAAACAUUCACAGGUGCUCUAGUUUUUUUAACCGUAUUAUUCCUUAAAGAUAUCAUGAAAAGAGAAGAAGAACAUGGAUGGUGGAAAGAAGCACUUGAUGAAAUUCUUCCUAGCUGUAACAAUAAUAUGAAGGCUGCAGAGGAAAUAAUUUGUUUGUUAGUCGGACUAUAUGUGCCAAGAGAACAAGAUUUGGGGUGGGUUGAAGCUAAACUCUCUAAGGUUGAUAGGAAUGGAACAAAUUGGGUUAAUGAAUUGUACGAUGAGGCAUUCGAAUAUGUUAAAUCAUUUGAUUCGCAAAGACCAUUAGAACCAAUAGAAGAAUUCAUUGAGAAGAACUUCAAAUCUGAUAAUGUGAAAUACUGCUCUCUCAAUUUGGUUUCACAUGAGACAUUUGCAAGACCACUUCCAAUCAAAUUUGGAACUCUUGCAAAACAUUAUUUACCUUUUAUUCCAUCUCUUCAAAUUGAAUCCAACAAUGAUAAGAUAUUGGAACGAACAAGUUGUAAAACAGUAACAACCAUUAUUGCACCUUCUGGAACAGGGAAAACAUCUUUAAUGAUUAGAAGACUUUGUAAAACAGCAGGGCUUCUAUUGACAGGUACAGCUACAUAUGAACAUGACAGCCACGAAACAACUGAUUCAACAAUAAGAACCUUGAUUAGUUGUUUGAACUCAAGAGUUAAUGCUUUCGGUUACAUUCGACAUGCUGUUCAAAUAUUAUUGAUUUCCAAGUUGACCUAUCUUCUUCUAUUGAUUGAAAAAAGUCAAAAAGAGCCAUCAAUCUUGGAUCCAUUUGAGGGUUCUUUGCUUUCCUUCCUUGCAUUCAACCAAUUUAAUGGAUCAAAUGAUUAUUCUUGUUCAAUAUUCGUCUACCUUUUCCCCCAGUACAAACAUGAAUUCUUUCCACGUUUACAGCUCCUUACAAAAAAUCUCAUUUCAAAAGUGAAAGAGAAAACUAAUUCUUCUGAUUUUGUCAUUUGUGUAGAUGAAGCCAACGUUCUUGAAGAUAAUUAUAAGUAUAUUUCAUCGAAUGGAAAUGAGAAAGGGGCCCUUUGUAAAUUCAUUGAUGAAAUAAUGAGUGUGAACUCACUUGGUUCAAAUAUAAUUGCUGGUACUAGUUUUUCAAUUAAAAUGAAUGAUGUGACUCAAUCUCAUCUCCAGAAAACAGAAUAUCAACAAGAUACAAUCACUCUUUCAGAUUUUGAAUAUUUAGACUAUGAAUCAUUUAACAAAUUCCUUUCCAUGCAUAUUAAGGUAAAAGAAAACUUCAAACAAGAGGAAAAUUUUCCAAUCAGAAUCAGACAAGCUGCCCAGUGUAUGGAAUAUUUCAUUGGUGAUGUCAUGAAAGAACAGUGUGUCAAGAGAGAUUUACAACAAUGUUUUGACGCUAGUACUGACUCAAUAAUUCAAGCAUUGAAAAAAAAAGCAGUAACUCACCAAUAUUCGGAAAGAUAUGGUACCUCCUUCUAUGUCCCUAACAAAGAAAUUGCAGCACAUUUUCUAAUGUCAGGAAUUGCAGGUCCAGUGGGUUCAACUUUACAAAAUGGCUCAGUUGAGUUUAAGACGGUGGAUGUAAUAGGUUUCAAAUUGGCCAAGGAAAUUCUAAGAAUGAAGUCCCUGCCAAGCAUUGAAGAGAUGGACUUGGCAAUUUAUGUUGGACAACAAAUAGUGGAUAGAACAACCUUUGAAAUAGCCUAUUUAAUUGCACUUUCUGCAGUUAAAGGGAAAUUUACAACGUUGUUUAAUUUCAACUCAACAAUCAAUGAGUCUUUGCAACAAAAAUUGAAGACAAUCGACUUUGCAUGCAACAAGGUUUUUACUUGUAAUGGAUUUAAGGAUUAUUGCUUGAAACAACAGUGGAUUACAGCUUCUGAAGACAAAACUGGAGAGGAGUUAUAUUUAGAAUAUGCUGUUCACAAUUGUGAACGUAUCAACAAAAUUCUGUUUAGACCACCUGCAAGUACUGCACAUGAUGAUGGAAUACUUGCAUUGACUGACAAAGAUGGAGAACUUGUUUUUAUUAGAUUUAGUUUGAAAUGUUUAACUGGUAAAGAUUACGGAUACAAAUCAACUCUUCCUGAAUUAAUGUUCAAAGAUAAUUAUCAAAAAAUCUCAUUACCAGAACUUAAUGAAUAUGUUGAUGAGAACCAUAUGAAGAAAAUUGAUAAUUUCCAAAAAUUGUUGGAUCCUUUGCAUUGGUGGGGUAAAUAUAGAGCUGAUUUUCUGAAAUUAUCCCUAAACAGGACACUUUCAGUCAUUCUCCACCCAGAUUUGAAUCUAUAA